AUGUCUGGCUUUGGCCCUGAAAACACAGCUCCCUGUUGUUUCGUCUGGAGCCAAAAUUGUACCUUUUAUAAGCAAGUCGGUCCCAAGAUCUCAAGAUCCGAUACAUUCCAUCCAGUUAGAGGUCAAACGUAGGUGCUAAUAACGACACGUGCGAUCCAGCCAUGUUGUCCGCGGGAAUACGAAUCUCGGGGGGCGUGUCGCGAUGGGGGCGUCAGCUCCAACAACAAAGUCGCUCUCUACAGAAAUCUGCCGCUCCCGGAACGUUGGCCAAUUUGAAGCGUCUAACGGAAUCCGACACGGAGACCUUGAAGACCAGCAUGGUCUCAGUUGUGGGCGAGAAGAACGUGUCCUUGGCUGAGGCCGUUCGAUCUCAACAUGGACAGGAUGAGGGACCGGAUAAGGGGAUGAACCCGGAUGUGGUGGUGUCGCCGGGAAGCACCGAAGAAGUCAGUGAGAUUUGCAAGCUUUGUUUCGCGGACAAUAUUCCCAUCAUUCCAUUCGGCACCGGCACUGGACUUGAGGCCGGAAUUUCCGCCAUUUAUGGCGGGGUUUGCGUUGAUUUGAGCCGCAUGGACAAAAUUGUUGACUACCACCCUGAAGAUUUUGAUGUGAUCGUACAACCCGGGAUCACGCGAGAGUCUCUCAACCACCACAUUAAAGAUGACGGCCUGUGGUUUCCUGUGGACCCCGGGGCGAAUGCCUCCAUUUGUGGCAUGUGUGCUACGGGUGCUAGUGGGACCAAUGCCGUCAGGUAUGGAACAGUGAAAGAGAACUGCCUUAACUUGGAAGUGGUGCUGCCCGAUGGUCGAAUUAUGUACACUGGUGGGAAAGGCAAGCGACCCAGGAAGUCGUCCGCUGGAUACAACCUCACCAACCUGUUUGUGGGAUCAGAGGGAACUCUGGGCCUCAUCACGAGUGCCACCAUGCGCCUUCACGCUCAACCUGAAGCGGUGGCCGCCGCAGUGGUCAGUUUCCCAGACGUUCAAAGUGCCGUGGAUACGGUGGUCAUGAUUCUUCAAUGCUCAUUGCCCAUGGCCAGGAUGGAAUUGUUGGAUACCUUGGCCAUCAAGUCGUGCAAUGCCUAUAGCAAUCUGACUUUAAAAGAGGAGCCCACUCUUUUCUUGGAGUUCCACAGUUCUGAGGCAGGGUUGGAAUAUCAAACCUCGUCUGUGGCUGAAUUAGCCCAUGGAAACGGAGGAUCGGACUUCCAAUGGGCCACCAAGACUGAAGAUCGCAACCGGUUGUGGACGGCUCGUCACAAAUUGUACUAUGCCGGAUUGGGCCUUCGACCUGGUUGCCGAUCCGUAACCACUGAUGUUUGCGUGCCCAUAUCGGCUUUACCCGAGAUGAUUGCCUCUACCCGUGAAGACAUUGACAAAUCUGGAGUGACUGGUCCCAUUUUCGGCCAUGUCGGAGAUGGAAAUUUCCAUUGUCUAUUACUUUUUGACCCCGCCAACCCGAGCGAAUAUCAGACGUGCAAGCGAAUCUAUCGGAACAUGGCUCAAUUGGCCUUCAAGCUGGGUGGAACGUGCGCGGGUGAGCACGGCAUCGGCAUGGGCAAAAUCGACCUGAUGGAAGAGCAACUAGGAGAAACGGCCUUCCAAUCCACACAGGCUAUCAAAAGGGCCCUGGAUCCCAAAGGCAUAAUGAACCCGGGCAAGGUGCUCCCCGUCAGUACAACUGGAUGGAAGUCAAAUUAAACUAUACUAUAUUGGGUGUGCAAAUGCAUCAUUGCAUGGCGUUGAGAUUAAAUUAUAAAUAUUUAAAUGUGUGCAUCCACGUCUCAUCGCGGACAUUUGUCAUAGGUCGGGGGGGGGUUCCAAUACUGUGUUACCAUUGAGUGCCACCAGGUCAAUCCGUUUGAGGUCAUCCAGGUCAAUCCAUCGGCCAUAGAGGAGUCAGCGGCUUCUGAUUAAUCUGGCUUUGCAUAGUCCGUUCCACCACUGCCAUCACCUCGGCAUACACCUGAUCCAUGGUCUUGUGAUCCGUCUGGAUAAUCUGCCACGUGUCAUCCAUCAAAUGGUCAUAAUUCUGUCUGACUCGAGCCUGAAACUCGAGCUUCUCAUAGCGCUCCCGCCCGAAUCCCCCGCGUUUCUGGGCCUCAUCCGGACUCACGUCUAAGAAACAGACCAAAUCCGGCCGAGGUAGACCCCGAUCGGGUUGCUUACACCACUGCAUACUCAUGCCAUCUUUGGCAGCGGAAAAGGCCACCCCGGAAAAGGCGUAGCGAUCCACGACCACGUGCGACCCGUUCUCCAAGGCCCGUUUCAGCUCGUCGACCUUCUCCCAACGGUUGGUGGAGAACAAGAGAUGAAUGGCGUGGUCAUCGAGCUCCUUCUCGCCCUUCAAAUAGGCAUCGAUCAUGCGUCCAACGAGCGUGCUCCGAUCGGGAAAGCGCAUAAAUUGGGCCGUGAAGCGGGCGUUCAGUUCGGACACCAGACGGGUACAAUGCGUGGUCUUUCCGGAGCGGUCACACCCUUCGAACACGAUGAGAAGACCACGACCAGUGGUCCGCGCUCCGUGGAGGCGAGCCAUUAUUUCGAUGCACGAGGAUGAAGAGAGAGAGCGAAUUGCAGGCUUGAAGAUUCAGAAGAGAUCAGGAAAUACCGCUGGAUUGUCCAGGACUGUCCGAUCGAGUAUUACUUCAGCAUGGAAUGCCCUUUUUAGGACUUCAUUACUUGUCACGGGAAGUGGAACCAGUGGAACCCAUUGAGUCCGUCGAUCAAGUUUGUAACGCAAUCAGAGCGAUGUUAUUGUAGUGAAAAGUUACCCCGUCACAUGUGGAACUGUAGUACCCGUAGUACCGCAUUUGUUAACGUUGAAAUAUUCGGUCUUCUCGUUCUGGAUGUGAAUGCGAGUAAGGAAAUCGAUCGUCUGGGUUAUUCCUCCGCCUGGCAAAAAUUUUUCGCUUGUCAAUCAUGCCACAAUCUUUUCCCAGCCACUCUGCCAUUUCUUUAGCAUAAAUGUGCACACUAAUGAAACUAAAAAUGUACGAUAUGAAUGUCAUUGAAUUAUAGCUUCAAUGUGUUGGCCUUA